GCCGCGCGGGUAGGGCGUCCGAGGCGGCGGGGAGGCGCCGGCCGCCGGCAUGUCGCUGCCCCCGGAGAAAGCCUCCGAGCUGAAGCAGCUCAUCCACCAGCAGCUGAGCAAGAUGGAUGUCCAUGGCAGAAUAAGAGAAAUCCUUGCUGAGACUAUACGGGAAGAACUGACACCUGAUCAACAACAGUUAUCAACGGAAGAUUUGAUCAAAGCUCUUAGACGUCGAGGAAUCAUUGAUGAUGUGAUCAAAGAACUUAAUUUUGUUACUGACAGUGUUGAUCAAGAACUCCCUUCCUCUCCAAAGCAAUCUGUUUGUUUUGAUAGACAACCAACAUUAAAAAAAACUAAUAUUGAUCCAACACGGAGGUAUCUUUACCUUCAGGUUUUGGGUGGAAAAGCUUUUUUGGAACAUCUGCAAGAACCUGAACCUUUACCAGGACAAGUUUGUUCAACGUUUACUUUAUGUUUACAUUAUCGAAACCAGCGUUUUCGUUCUAAACCUGUUCCAUGUGCCUGUGAACCAGAUUUUCAUGAUGGCUUUUUACUUGAAGUACACAGAGAAAGCUUAGGUGAUGGAACUAGAAUGGCUGAUUCAACAACAAUGUUAUCAAUAAGUGAUCCAAUUCAUAUGGUGCUAAUCAAAAUAGACAUAUUUGGUGAGACUACUUUAGUAGCAUCCUAUUUUCUAGAAUGGCGAUCCGUUUUGGGCUCAGAAAAUGGCAUAACCAAUCUUACCGUGGAACUUAUGGGUGUAGGCACAGAAUCAAAAGUUUCUGUGGGAAUUUUAAAUAUAAAACUUGAAAUGUACCCACCACUCAAUCAAACAUUAUCUCAAGAAGUAGUGAAUACACAGCUUGCUUUGGAACGACAGAAAACUGCAGAGAAAGAGCGAUUGUUUCUUGUCUAUGCUAAGCAGUGGUGGAGGGAAUAUUUGCAAAUUCGACCUUCACACAACUCACGGCUGGUUAAGAUUUUUGCACAGGAUGAAAAUGGGAUAAAUAGACCAGUCUGUUCCUAUGUUAAACCUCUUCGAGCUGGGCGGCUUCUGGAUACUCCAAGGCAAGCAGCAAGAUUUGUCAACGUCCUUGGUUAUGAACGAGCCCCUGUUAUUGGAGGAGGAGGUAAACAGGAACAGUGGUGCACUCUGCUGGCCUUUCUCUGUAGAAACAAGGGUGACUGUGAAGAUCAUGCUAACCUUCUGUGCAGCCUUCUUCUUGGAUAUGGGUUAGAAGCCUUUGUCUGUGUUGGGACUAAGGCAAGAGGAGUACCUCACGCGUGGGUGAUGACCAGUGGAACUGAUGGGACCAUCACCUUUUGGGAGAGUUUAACAGGACACAGGUACAUCCACAAACCUAUCAAUCCUGAUGAACCUCCACUCGCUGAACAGCCCAAACCGUUGUACCCAUAUCGAACAAUUGGUUGUGUUUUCAAUCAUCAGAUGUUCCUGGGAAAUUGUCAACCUUCUGAUGCUGUAGAAACUUGUAUAUUUGAUUUGAAUGAUGAAUCCAAAUGGAAACCCAUGAGUGAAGAAGCAAUUAAAUCUGUGUGUGCUCCAGGAGCUACAACGUCCCUUCCUCCCUUUCCACCUCUAUGUGCAUCCACGAUUGAUGCAUCAGUAACAAGUAAUGAAAUAGAAAUGCAGCUGAGGCUCCUGGUGUCAGAACAUAGGAAGGAUCUUGGUCUCACUACUGUUUGGGAAGACCAGCUUUCCUAUCUUUUAUCACCAGCUUUGGCUUCUUAUGAAUUUGAGCGUACGACAAGUAUAUCUGCAGGCAAUGAGGAAUUUCAGGAUGCAAUAAGGAGGGCUGUGCCUGAUGGUCACACAUUUAAAGGGUUUCCAAUACAUUUUGUGUAUAGAAAUGCAAGGCGUGCAUUUGCCACGUGUCUUCGGUCUCCUUUCUGUGAAGAAAUAAUCUGUUGCCGUGGAGACCAGGUGCGACUGGCAGUUCGUGUCCGAGUGUUUACUUACCCUGAAUCUGCAUGUGCCGUUUGGAUCAUGUUUGCUUGUAAAUAUCGCUCAGUAUUAUAGGACUAACAUUUAUAUAAGAAUUAUACCUGUGUUUUAUUAGAGUUUUACNCAUUGAUUGUACAUUACUAGCUGUUUAGAGGUUCCUUAUUUUAAAAUCAAAAUCUGGCUUGGAUGUCAUAUUUCAAUUUUGUAUAUACCUGACUGUGAUAAUGUUUAAAAAAAUCAUGACAUGUGUAUUUAAAAAUUAAGGAAGAAAAACUUGUAUAAAUCUAAGUGGAAUUUAGUAUAAAUUAAGUGUAUGUUCUAUUUUAAUAAAUGCUACUUGGUUUAUAGGUAUUUGGUAGUUUAAAUAUGAA